AACGAGGCCGGAUGUGACGUACGCAAGUUUGAUGCUAAUGCUAAUGGACCCGGAACGGUAAGGUAGCACUCCGAAGAUGGCCGGGGUGUUUGAGGUGGAGGUUGAUGGUGUAGAGCACGACCAUGGACUGGAGCAUCACGAUGUACCAAAUCAGUUCGAUGUGUCCAAGCUUUCACCAGAAGACAAGUGGAGGGUGGAGCAUGCAAGAAUGCAUGCCAAACACAAAGGCCAUGAGGCCAUGCACGCAGAGAUGGUGCUGAUCCUCAUAGUCACCCUUGUCGUUGCCCAGCUAGUCCUCGUGCAGUGGAAACAGAGACACCCAAAGUCAUACAAUCUGGUGACUCUAUUCCAGAUGUGGGUAGUUCCUCUCUACUUUACUACCAAACUUCACUGGUGGAGGUUCCUGACCACGUGGUUUAUCUUCUCUGUCAUCACAGCGUACAUCUCCUUCCGUGCCACUCGCAAGCCGCUGGCCUGCACCACACCGAGGUUGGUGUAUAAGUGGUUCCUCCUUCUCUACAAGAUCAGCUAUGCCACAGGAAUAGUUGGCUACAGUGUCGUCAUGUUUACACUUUUUGGUAUAAACCUAAUAUUCAGGAUAAAGCCAGAGGAUGCAAUGGACUUUGGUGUUUCACUGCUAUUCUACGGGCUGUACUAUGGGGUCCUAGGAAGGGACUUUGCAGAGAUGUGUGCGGACUUCAUGGCUUCAACCGUUGGGUUUUACAGUGCAUCUGGCAUGCCAACCAAACACCUCUCUGAUAAUAUCUGUGCAGUGUGUGGUCAGCCCAUCCUCGUCGAUGUCAGUGAGGAGGGAAUUAUUGAAAACACGUACAGAUUGUCCUGCAACCAUGUGUUCCACGAGUUCUGCAUAAGAGGAUGGUGUAUUGUCGGGAAGAAGCAGAUGUGCCCAUACUGCAAAGAGAAGGUGGAUCUGAAGAGGAUGUUCAGUAACCCCUGGGAGAGGCCACAUGUCAUGUAUGGACAACUUUUAGACUGGCUUCGGUACUUGGUGGCCUGGCAGCCUGUUAUUAUUGGAUUUGUGCAAGGUAUUAACUACAUCCUGGGUCUGGAGUGACCUGCGACUGUCAGAAAUGGACAUACACACCACAUGGAGAAGAUAUGCACUGGCUCAAAAGACUGAGGGCCUAACAUUGAACUAAAACACCAAUAAAAAAGUGUCUAUACUUUUUUGUAUAUAUUUAUAGGCACAUAUCUGUAUUUACGAUUUAUUUGAAUUUUAUCAGUAAUCUGAUUUUGGGUGUCUGUCAAUUUCCCAGGAUUAGCUUCACACAGCGUUACAUCUUAAUAAUUGGUUUGUGCAUCUUAUGGCCUAGUAAAGCGGUUGUCAAAAUCAUUAGAGAGGUGCUUUUUUCUAAUUUAUGUCUAGAGUGUUUGUUAAUACUCAGUUAAAGGAUCAUGCUGCAGUUUUUCGUCCUCAUGUCUGAUGGCUGAGUAAUAAAUAUUGAAUGGAAAUCAA